AUGGCAAAGAGCAUACACGCGUUAGACGGAUUUACUCUUAGUGAUUUAACAUAUAAGGAUGGACUUAUACUUGAAAUUGGUAAUGAACAUAAAUUCACUCGCGAUGAAGAAUUUCCAUAUUCAACGGAUAUACCAUUGACGAACGAAGAGGCAUUAAAUCUUUUAAAUAUGAAUGAUUUUCAAGAUGAAGAUGAUACCAAUAAUGAUAAUGAUGAUGAUAAAGAUAAAUUAAUUACCGUUUGUGGUAUUAGCUUUGAAAAAUUAAAAACUAAAAUGACUGAUGUCCUUGGAGAUGGAAAAGUAAAUUACACUUCUUAAUAUUGAAAAUAAUAUAAUUUGUAAAUAAUGAAAUUAAUAAAACAGAAUGGUAUUGGGGAGAUUAUACCACAUGAUGCACAGGUUUCUAUCAAAUACAUUGGACACUUUGAAUACAGAGAUGAACCAUUUGAUUCUAGCUUUACUCGUGGAGGUGUAGAAACUUUUUGUCUCAAUGUAGGCAGAUUAAUACCAGGUUUAGAGAUUGCUUUAACAACAAUGAGAAGACACGAAAUAGCUAUGUUCAUUGUACACCCUGAUUUGGCAUAUGGAAAAUUUGGUUGUGCUCCUCGUAUCCCUCCAAAUGAACAAAUCUUAUUUGUUGUACACUUGGUUGAUUAUGUGGAUAGUGGGUCUAUUGCAAGUUUUGAAAACUUAUCUUCAGAGGAGAAGAAAAUGUUUUCAAAUGUUGUCAAGCGUGUACAAGCUAAGUUUAACGUUGCCAAAGACUGCUUUAACAAACAUAAAAAUAAGCAAGCUAUACGAGAGUAUUCAAGAGCACUUGAGUGGUUGGAACAUGCACAACUACAAAAUCAAGAAGAGGAGGAUGAAGCAAACAGAUUGCUUUCAAGAGGUUAUAACAAUCUUGCAGUUUGUUACAAUAUAGAGAAUAUGCCGCGACGUGCAUGUAAUGCGUGCAACAGAGUGGCUAUACCAACAGUUAAAACACAUUUCAAUCGUGGACGAGCAUUGUUGCGAAUGGGAGAGUAUACUAGUGCAAUGAAAGAAUUGCAGAUUGCUCACAAGAUGGAACCUCAAAAUGACCAGAUUAUUAGGGAAAUUAGACUUGCAAAUGAAAAACAAAGAAAGUUCUUGGACAUAGAGAAACAGCUGUGGGGAAAUUGCUUAAAAAUUGAUGUAAAAGAAAAGAAGGAAUCUUCUUUUGAAAAAGCAGCACGCGAGAUGUGUGAAGCUUUCUCCAGUGAUGACCACAUAUUAAGACAACCGCUUCCCGAAUCGUUAACACCUGAUGAAGAUAAAUAUAUACGCGAACAAGCUGCUGCUUUUGGUCUCACAGUUACAGCACAUGAGAGAUACGGUAGACAAAUAACGUAUCUCAACAAGCCUAGUUAUUGA